AUGGGGCCCAAGAAAUUAACUACUAUAGCUGGUCAGGGUAGCGUCAAAGCAUUCCUGACCACCGGCAGGCCAAAACCUAGUAGCGGCGAUGCUGGUAACACUUCAAACAAUAUAGUGAGUACAAGAGAGACAUUAGAACCAGAUGACAGGGCGCCUCCCGCACGGCGCCACGCUUCAGCCAGUCAAUUCCACCAACAGCCAGUUGCAGGCCAGGAAGCAGCUCAGGCGCACCAGGCUAGACGCCCGGAGCCGGUUGUAUCACCAUCGAAACGACGUAAGCUCAAUGAGCCAUCGGCUGGCUCUGCUGGGGCAGGUCCAUCAGGCACACUGCCAGCGAUGCGGCCAGCAACGCGGCUCCCGCAGCCGAGCCCGCGCACGUCUCCAAGCACAUCUCAGCAAUCUGUUGAGAUCGUUGCAAGCCCUCUGCAGUUUGUCACGUCAACUUUAUGUGCUAGUCGGCUCAAGUCGCUCUACCCCAAGUGUAACAAAUUGACAUCCCAACUUGGAUCGGAGUCCAUUCAAACGAUUUUCGAGAAUGGAAAAUUUGAGAACCAGCUGGUUCGGCCCUAA